CGCGCCGCUGCGUGACAAGGGACGAAGAGACUCUGCAGCUGCCUACUUGAAUGUGCAUUCUGGGGGGAUGCGGUGUUUAGUGCUUUAAAUAUAUAUUUUGAAAUUAAAGGACUCACUUGAGCUAAUUCUUGUCGGACGUUAUUAUUUUCUGAAAUACAACAGAAGAAGCAGAGUAAAAAGAUUGCCCAGAAAGACUACAAUGUCAGAACAGCAGAGGCAGCGAUCUCUAUCCACUUCUGGAGAAACAUUAUAUCAUGUACUGGGGGUUGACAAAAAUGCAUCUGUGGAUGACAUUAAAAAAUCAUAUAGGAAACUUGCACUGAAAUAUCACCCUGACAAAAACCCUGAUAAUCCAGAAGCUGCAGAUAAAUUUAAAGAGAUCAACAAUGCCCAUGCAAUUCUAAAUGACCCCACAAAGCGUAAUAUUUAUGAUAAAUAUGGCUCUCUGGGACUAUAUGUUGCUGAACAGUUUGGUGAAGAGAAUGUAAACACAUACUUCGUCCUUUCUAGCUGGUGGGCAAAGGCUCUCUUUGUGUUCUGUGGCCUAAUAACAGGCUGCUACUUCUGCUGCUGUCUCUGCUGUUGUUGUAACUGCUGCUGUGGAAAGUGUAAACCCAAACCACCUGAGGGAGAGGAACAUGAAUUCUAUGUCUCCCCUGAAGAUCUGGAGGCACAGUUACAGUCUGAUGAAAGAGAGGGGGACACGCCAAUUAUAAUGCAGCCAUCAUCAGCCACAGAAACGACCCAGCUGACAGCCGACAGCCACCCCAGCUACCAUACUGACACAGGAUUUAACUAGGUCUUCCAGUUCUACACUGUAACUUCACACCACACAGUUUUAAGGGAAACAAAGAAAAAAUAGUAAUUUUAAUCACUGGAUAAACAAUACCCAAAUGAGGGAACAGGGGAGAUAAAAAUGAACAUUUACGAAAAUAUGUACUGCUGUCAUAGCAGACCAAUUUAAAAGCUUGGUACAAUUUUUUUUUGCCUUCAAUUUCCAUUUUUCCAUAUCUUUUCCACAUCAUUAAUGUUCUGUAGCAUGUCUUAUUAAAUACAGUUAGUUAUAUUUCAAUUUUAAGCAUUCAUGUAUUCAUCACCCUCAUCUGAUUUAAUUAAAAAAACCCUGUGGUGUCAGUCAAAGUUUUACCCAUCUAUGCACUGGACAUUCUGUAUGUCAUUUUUCAUCAUGCUUUAGAAAGAUUUGAAUUGAUGGUCAUCCAGCAGGGUUUGUUUUUUACCCCUUUGCUAAAUCAUAUUUUUUCACGUUAAAAUAUGUUUCAAAGUGUUUACGUAUCCCCUGACAUCCUUACUCUUUGUCAUGUUUUAUGUGUGAAUCUGAGUUAUUGUUGAAUUUGUGAGAAACACCAAGGAUUGCAACAACAGCAAAAAAUAACCCUUGGCUAAACACUGUACAAUCUGUUACUUAUCCCUUAGCUCUGUACAAUCCAAAUGUUUAAAUAUUCCAAACAAAUCAAACAGUGCUUCUGAGUGAUAAUAUGCAGUUUUAGGUUGGGAAUGUCAAAUUUCUACUCACAGCAGGAAAAUAAUUGUUUUUGCUGUCAUUAUGAAUAACGUACUUUGUACAAAUUGUGCCAUGCAGCCUUUGAGGAUGUGGCUGUGCUGUACCUUUUGACUUCAUGGUGUUUCUGUAGAAUGCAAUGUUGAUUUUCUGUGUAUUAUUUUAAGAUGCUAGUACAGUAGAUUGCUUGUAUGAUGUUGAACUGUCCUCUGUUCAUACAGGUACUAAAUUUUGGCAUGUCAAUGGUACAGGUAGAUUUUUUUCUUCUCAUUCUUAAUCCUAAACAACAUAAAGCCACUAUGUGACAAAAGCUGCCAGCUCAAUACCAGUGUGGGCAUCAUUCAGAAGAACACUAGCAGUGGAUUAAGCACCACAGAAAGAAGCUAUUUUUAAAUUUUUGUCCAGCUACAUUAUGCUGCUACACAGAUUGGAAAACUCUUAGAGUACUACAGAAAUUAUUUUGCCGUGUGGAUAUAUAGUUUAAGCCAAUGUAUUUUAUAUUCUCUUCUAAAAGUUCUCCUCAUUUUCUUUUGUGGGCCAGAAAAUGUUUUUUAAAAUGGUUAUCUAUUAAGAUGUUUAAAUGUGUUAUUGAAUUUUAAGUAUGUGUAUCACAUAUUGCAGAGUGACCCAAAAAAAUAUGUUAAAAUUGAAAAAAUAUUGGAAAAUGCAUUAAAGUGUUUACAGUGAAGCUAGAGUAGACUUGGUAAGUUCACUGUAGAAUAAAAAACCUAGCCCCCAGCUUAUAAACAUGUCAGUAAAUUAUUUAAAUGUCUACAAAAUGCACAUUUAUAAAACAGUUACAAAUUGAAUCCUUUCAUUACGCAGUUAUAUUUUUAAUUACGUCAGAAUUAUAUCAGUAUGAAUCAUAAAAAAGUUGAUCAAAACAUUAUUUCACUCAAUUCUCAAUUUGAGCAGUUGUGUGUUUGGGUACAGUAGACCCUGUCUUUAGCAUAGUUUAGGGUCUUUGUGCCCUUUAAGGUGGCCAGCUACAUAACAUGCAUAUUACUUGCUAAACCUUGUCAGCAUGUGCCCUAUAUAAUAUAUGCUUUUGAAAUUAUCUGUCCUCCCAUAAUACAGGGGCAUUUCAAAUGCUUGAAACUGUAGUGGAGAUAAGGAAAAAUCACAGCACACUUCCUAAAUAAAUAAACCUACCAGAAGGAAUUUUCCCUUCUUCCUGCAGUUUCAACUAUUGAGAAAAAGAAGCUGAAUCACUUGAUUCAUUUUUGGUGACUAGAACUUAAUUAGAUUGUAAAAACAAAGGGCAAUUAAACACAGAAAGAGUCCAUUCUGGAGCAGCAAAUGCAAAGUUGGAACAUAGACAAAGGCAGGGUAAAUGAAAGGCUGCUCUUUGUUUACAAAAGGUGACAAAGGUUCUGCCAUCUGUCUUAACUGUACAGUUUUUUAGAGCCACUGUUAGUUGUAAAGCCCUUUUCCAUUUUAUUUUAUAUAUAUUUUUUGUUUUGAGGGGUUGACCCAAAAGUAAACAAGCACAGAAGUGAAAUGUGCCAAUGUUAAGGGUCCACUAUACUUUAAUUUCAGUUGCAUUAUAAUAUUUUAAGUAAAUUCCAUCUAAUUGGAUUCUUUUGUUUUUUGUUAUUAGUAACUAUUCCAUUUUAGUAAAUUGUAAUGAUUGAUGAGGAUGAGGAUUUUUUUUUAUUUUAAAUUUCUUUAAGAACUAUUAUAGCAUGCUUACAGUAAGUAAAUCUAAUUAAAGAAGCUGUGAAAUGGAUGAGAAGGCAGUAUGCACAGUUUAUAUUUUGGAAUGUUAGAAGAGCCCUUUUAAUGAUGUGAACACAUUUUAAUUGAUUUAAUAUUUUUAUUUUUUCUUAAUAUGACGACACAGUUAUCUUAGUAUUUUCUAUGGGACCGAGUCCUGUUUAAUGUCAUGCAUGGGUUAUCCUUUUUUAUUUUAUGGUAGCUUAAAAUUGUGAGCACUCCCUGUACUAUGUAAUGUAAGAUGUACUUGGGUAGACCUUUGUCUUCAACUAGGAACAAUUAAUACUUGAAAGUUAUUACAAGUGCACGACUCCCUGAAAAUAUGGUUUCAUUACAUUGAUAUAAUAUUAGGUGUAAAAAAUAAUAAAAUCACAUUUCCAAAGUUUACUUAAAAAUACAUUUUACUUUUUUUAAGUGGAACAUAGUGUGAUGAUUCUCAUAUAAACACUACUGUUUAAAUUUAGAUUCACUUUUCUCUACAAAAACACCAUAUGUUUUUUUCACCAUUGUUCUCUAACAACAAAAUUCCUACUACCAUAGGAAAUACCUACUACAGAGAAUGUCAGCUUACAGUUUUAUAAAGUAAUAGGUGAAUUUGACUCUUAUGUAGGUCAAAACAAUUUUUUUUUUUGUUUGAAGUGGGAGCACAGUUCAUAUGUUGUCUAUAUUUAUUUUUUAAAUUAAACUUUGAGUUUACAGCAUUGAGCAAAAUAAUGUGCUAAUUAAUAUUGUUGUGCCAGUACGCUGAUAUAUUGUAUUAUUUUUUUAAUGCAGAAGCCGUCCUGUGAAGAUAUCUGGAGCAGAUCUUAUGCAUCAGCAUAAUGAAAUUAAAGUAUAAAUUCCAAUGCCUGCUAAAUCUAAUUAUUUGGUUAAAUAAACACCUAGUACAAGCAGCUUAGAUAUCAUUACCUUGCACAAUUUACAUUUUUUUGGUUAACGUUUGCUCUGUCACAUUUCUGUAGUUUAGAAUUUAGGAAUUCUAAAUAACUGGAAGGGGUGUUUUUCAGCUAGGUACAUCGCAGUAGAACAAAAAGGAUUUGGAACUAAGUUCUCUGGUUUUACUUGCAAGCCUGAUAAUUUAAACAUUUCUGACUUUAUUAAAAACUUAGGGUGCUUCGCCCCCUGCUUGCUUUGCUUGCCAACCCGUCUGUGGAUUUCACUUUCACCAAACAACAAAUCUUUUCAUUCUUGCGUAUAUACCUCUUCAUUGGGAAGAAAGACUACUUUUCCCUGAUGGCAACACGAAUUAGACGAUCUACAAAUCUCUGACUUAAAGUUAAAUCCGAACAAUAUCUACAUACUUCUGUCAUAUCACCUAUGUCCAUAUAUUCAAUCUCUUUUCGCUGUUCCGUUAUUUCACCAAGUAAUAAUUUCUGUUUGUUUGCACUAAUGCGAUCUUUACACUCAUUUUUUUUAAGACUUUCAAAUUUUAGUACUUUCAUUAUCUCUAACCUGCUCUGCAUGUGUGUUGCACCAACGUUUUUGAACCUCUUUAUGACGUUCUACUCUGUCAUCUACUCUGUCUUUUAUUUAUGGCCAGAGAUAAGGCCUUCUUCUUUUUCUCUUUUUUAACUUGUUUUGAAAACAUAGAUGAACAUGAAGACUUUAUGAGGCAUUUUUAAAAAGUAAUUUUUCCCAGAUAUAGUUCAUAUACUUGUUUAUUAAACUCAAAAAAAUAAUUAACUUUCUGCAAAAGUAGUUGGGUAGAACGACAAGACCACAUAGGCCACUCAACACUGAUUAUUCCAAGAUUCUGGAACACACCAAACAUUGGAGGAAUACACCACAUAAUUUCAUAUAGUUUAUUUGUAUUUCAUAUUUUACAGUUGUGGUGUGCAGAACAAUCUGCAGUAGUCUUACAGUAAGGUAAGACGGGGUGGUUUGUUUCUCUGUUUUCCAGUGUUCCAUGAAGGAGUCACACCCUGCUUGGAAGGUGAGCUAAUAAGCAGUAUAGGCUGAAUCUUUUAAAAGGGGACACUGAAUUUUGUCAGAAUUGGAUGACUCUAAUGUCCUGAUUCAAAUAUAUAGAAAUAUGGGAGAAGAAAAUAACAUUUUUCACCACAUCAGUUCUUACCCAGUCAUAUUUUUCAGUACAGUUCGUAUCUACUAAUUAGUAAUUAUGUGAAAAGAUAUAAAACAUUUUUAAACUCAAAACUGAUGAUCUGUCCUAGGUGCUGAUUAGAUGUGUUUAUGUAUUUUUUUUCUGUUCGAGUCUUCCUUAACUAUAAUGUUUUUUUCUUAUAUUUUAAAGAAGAGAAUAGUAUUUAAAGUUUUCCUAUUAUUUGGACCUCGCUAAUUUCUAAUGAUUAUCUACAUGAGAAAAGCAGUUACAAGUUCUGUGAUUAUAGUAAACAUUUUCUCUGGCAGAUUUUUUUUCUUUUUUCUAAUGCAUAGAUCUGCUUCAGAUAUGUCUUUUGGAAAUAGUUUUGUGAACAAGUACAUACUGAAAGGAGGACUCAAGCUUUAAAAAGAAAUCACUCCUUCAUGAUAGAUACUGUAGUUCAACAUGUAUAUUUUAUUUGUGAGUGUGUUUAAUGUGAACAUGAUGCAUUUAAUGUACAUUUCUUUGUUGCUUUAAUUUAUUUUUUCAGUACCUUAUUUUAAUGUGCUGAAUGUGUUGACAAGGAAGAAUUCUGAUUUUGAUUUUGAAAAAGCAGAAUUAUUUUUAUAGCAGUGUGUCAUAAUUCUGUAGAUAUAUUAUUAAUAGUAUUGAUAUAUGUUAAAAUUUUUUGGGUUUUAUUUCUAAUUUACAAUUGCAAACAGUUUACAGGUUAAUUUAGUAUUAGUGCUAAAAGUGAAGUAAGAGAAUAUAAGUUCUUACACAAAGUCUCUCUCUGCGCAAAAUGUUCUGUCUGCAUUAAGCAAGUUAUAACCUAAUGUUAUUUACUAAGGCACAAUUCUUUACAUGGCCUACCUGACAUUGAUAUUGACAAAUGAAAAUAGACUGUCAAAAUCCAUUUUUAGCAAAUAAGUACUAUAGUAUAAGAAAGUGUGUGGUUUUAUUAAUUCGUAAAGGGAAUAGAAUAUUGCUGACAAACAUUAACUAAACAACAAAAGGAGGAAUUUCAAAAUUAACUAUAUUUUAGCAAACAUAUUUUAAAUUUUGUCAUAGCAAGGAAUCCAGAAUUUUAAUUUUGUCUGUAUCUUCUUUUAUCGCUUUCCUUUUUCUAACUAACCUAACUAACCUUCAGCAUAACUGUUUAUACUCAGAAGUCAGUGUAGUUUGAUCUCAGUGACAUGUGCCACAUAUUCUUGCUAAAAUAUUUUGUUGCUGUGGAUGAUGAUGGCAUAUGUUAAGAUGUUAAAUGCUGGCCACAGAAUACAUUACAGAAUGCUGUUGAUGCUGUUAAAAUUAAUUAUUAAAUGUUUUUAUUUUUAAGUAAAUGUUGGAUUGAUAACAGUGAUAUUUAUAACUCUCACUUUACAGAGGUAGAAAGAGAUCCACAACAAGAUUGCUAUAAAAUUUAAAUUACUUUUAGGUUUAUGCAGAUCUUUGAUCUUUGUCACAAAUGAACAUUUGAAUGUUGUAUUUUAUUAUAGUACCUGCCACAGAGUUUAGCAUUAACUUUUUAGAAAUCCAAAAUGUUAUUAUCUGCAACCAUUUUACCAGAUGUGCUGUAUACGUUUUAAAAUUUCUCUUUAAAAUGUUGGUACAGCAUAUCCAUCCAUCGGAGACCCCAAAUAUUUGUCCUUUCCAAGAUUUCUGAAACUAUGAGAAAUAGGAUGUUGUCAAAGUAAAGAAGGCCAUAAUGUUUUAAUCCUUUGUUUUUCAUACUUUAUAAGUACUAAUGUGUUAAAGAUGAUAAUUAUCAUUUUAAUAGAAAUGGAUCAAAUAAAUAAUGUGGGGACCACAAUAUCUGACUUACAGAUAACAGAAAGAAGUGUCUGCUAAUUUAGCAGGUCGAACUUCAGUCUAUUUAUAAUAUAUGCAAGGUCCUUGCAUGUUUAUUUCUUUUGUGUUUAUUUAAACCACUAUAUAGUAUGUAUAGUACACUAUAUGUGUAUAACACGGUACAAUGGUAUAUAUGUAUUUCACUUGUGUAAAUAAGUGUACCUGUAGAUCAAUACACGCCAUUGUACAGUUACAAACAACCCAAAAACACUACUGCAAAAAAUUGCUGCAGAAUAUGCAGUCAAAAAUGACACUUUUGCUCUAUUUCAGUUAGCAAAAAUGUUCAUAAAGUUUUGGUAACACUGUCCAUAUAUCAGGUGUAUUGACUGGAAAAUAUCCUUCAUUAUUACAACAGCUUAUGCCUAAACUCUUUAUUUACAGCGUAAUAAAACAGUUCAGAUUAGCUACAGAUGCAACAGAGAUUAACAAAUUAUUGAGUAGGUUAGUUAUUGAUAUCUGAUACCUAAUCAUAUUUCCAAAUUUUCUUAAAACAGAUCUUCUCUGUAAAGAAAUUGCUGUUAAAGCCGGAUAUUUCCAGAGUUCACGUCUAGCACUGCUUUCAUUUUUUUUCAUCAUUUUUUACAUUUUUUGCCAAGGAGACAUUCAUUAUUUGCUGCCAAACAUCACUUAUUUCACUUAAUUGUUUUAAAUUGCUUAGUCUUUGUUUAUUUACACAUGUGAUAAUAGUAAUACCGUGACCAGCAUAAUGAAAAUAGUUUUAAUAUUAUUUAUCCAUUUUAAUUUGAUAUUAAAUGUUUUGCAGUGUGGUAAUGGACAAAUUUUCUUCAUUAUUUGGUGUGCAUUUUACUCUAAAAAAUGAAAAUGUUUCACAUUUUCAAUGUAAGGACAUUGAUACGUGAUAAACCACAUACCCCUUUACCAGGUUUAGUUGUAAAAUCAACACACCCACUGUAUAAUAAAAUAAAAAUUAAAUUGUAAAUGCAUUUUACUGUUUUGUUAGAGUGUCCGUUUUCCUCCAGCUAUGACUAGCUAACAUUUUAAAUAUUUCUAAAUACAUUUAUGAAUACAUUUGAAUUCUGUAUCAGUUCAUCAUGAGGUGUAUUUUGUCUUGACUUAUUCUUUCCUCUGCUUCAUUGAAUUUUCCCUAUUAUGUAUAAUAUGUACCUUGUGUUAUUCAUAACUUGGUGUACAAUUUACCUGUCAGUGUAUUUUUCUUAGUGUAAAGCAGUAUGUGGCUGUUUAUUUUAAGAGCACUAUGCAAAGUAAAAUUGAAUAUUACCAAAAGUUAUCUUUAUUGCAGAAAUAAACAUAGUUUCCAUAAAUACUAAUCCAGAUGUAAAAGUCAUUGACCACAACUAGGAGUGUUUGGAUGAAGUACUUGAUUUAGUUUGUUGUGUAAAUUGUAGGAAAGGGAUUUUGCAAGUAAAUUAAAAGGCCUUGUAUAGGACAAAAUGUUAUCCAUCAAAGUGUCAAAAGGUGCUUAAAUCUGUAGUGUGCAUUUUGGAAAAGCAAUUUAUUCGACAGAAUGGAUAUUUUGUUUUUUAUAAGAAUAGUACUACAUGCACCUAAGACUUUAGAGUUUCAAAUUAGGCUUAGGACAAUUUGGUAAAUAUAGGAAACUCCAGUUAGGUUUUACCACAUUAAGCACAGUUUUUACAUAUAAAAAUUAAUUUAUUAAAGAUGUGUUCUUAAGUCCCCAUCUUAAACAUUCAUAUUUAAGACAUUGCCUUUAGUUUUGUUUUUGGCUGUUAAUCAAUAUAAAAAACUGCUUUGUGCAAGUCAGUUAAGUAAACCAGUAUGCUGUUUUGGUGAAAUAAGCAUUGACUGUACAGUACGUUCCCCUGUUUUACUCAUUUCUGUGUAAACUGUGGACAUAUACUUUCAUAGCAUCCUUAUCCUAACAAAAUGCAAUUACUUAUUUUAUGAGCUGUUGGAAAAUGCAAAUUGUAUGAGUGAAUGCACUGUGUAUUGGAACUGUAUUGGAUUAAUAAGAAAUGUUCUUUUAACCUAUACAAUUGUUAGUGGAUUCAAUAGUGAUAUAAUGUUAUGAAGCAUUAGAUUUUAUUUCUUCUUAUUGUUUUUUUUUUCUUUUUUUUCAUUUUUAUGUUUUGGAUGGACCAUAAUUUAAAUAGUAUGUAAGUAAAUGUGGCCACAACAGGAUUAAAUGAUAAUAGUUUCCUGUAAAUCCACUGAGAAUUGAUUAUAUUAUUACAGUUUGUUUUAGCAUGGAUAUUUAUGUACUGUAUGUCAGAAAGAAAUCAUUGGUAAUUUAUCUGAUUUGCCGUUGUAAAAUAAACGUGUUUCAGAUGCUUAA